AUGACAAUCGCAGCACCAUUUCGAGGCACCUACAAGCUUCGGCCGAAUUACCCCAGGACAAAGACAGGUUGCCUGACUUGUCGGCACCGCCGCAAGAAAUGCGACGAAAGAAGACCGAUAUGUAGAGGUUGCACUCGGAAUGAGCUCAGGUGCCUGUGGAAAGAUCCAUCCCAUUCCCGUCCUCCCGGUCCCUACAUAGAUCAGGCACAUGGGCGGAAACAAUGCGUCCUCGUGGUUGCAGAUGACCCCAAUCAAGCCAUCUCAUCGGCACCAGCGUUGCAACCCCCAGACUUGGUGCUGCGAUUGCCUCCUAACCAACUUCACUACGCUUCUGACCGAGCCUGUGCCUUGACCAGUGUAUCACUCGGUCUCCUAAGCCACUACAUCAUUCACACCGGAGCGCUUCUUGCCGCAGCCCCAUUGGAACAUAGUCCCUUCAUCACUCAACUGCUACCACUUGCGUGUCUAGACGACACCCUUAUGCACGCUAUCCUGGCAACGAGCGCAGCUCACCUCAGUUUUAAGAACAAUGGCGAAGUUGAAAUCGACAUGGCAGCAUGGAAGCAUUAUUCAAGCGCCAUACAGUCCUUGCAAAGACAAUGCGCGAAUCUAUGCGCGAUGGAUCCUGAAAAGACAUUGAGACUAUUAGUGGUACUAAUUGUGAUCUCACAUUUCGAGGCUCUUUCUGGCAAUUGCAAUGGAACCAUUUUCAUGCACCUCCGUGCAUGUAGAGUGCUGAUACAUGGUUUCUUGAAUGGACAUAUCGCGCCUCUGACAGGAGACUGUAAGAGCCUCUUUGGCUUUUCUAUUGAAAUAUAUGCGUAUCUGCUCUUUUCAAACACACUUACACCAUAUGGUAUGUUGCAAGAGCGCACCUUGCCAUACGACUCCUUCCUCAUGUCACUCGAUGUCCUGACUCAGUAUCAAACCUUUGGAACAAUGUUUGCUGGAGCACAUGGCUUGUUCCAGCUGAUUCCGCUCUUGUCGUUGUUACACAGCAAUCGGCUCAACGAGCAGGAAGUUGGUGAAGUGUCGGAAUCGUCUAUUCUCAUUUCGAAUCAACUAUAUGACCUGAUACUGCAUUGGGAUCUGUCAGAGUGCGAAGAUGACUGUGAUGGUCAUGAGGCAUCCAGACGCCAAUUGGCUGCCGAAUGUUACAGAUACGCCCUGGAAAUAUGCCUCCUGACCGCCAUGGCUGGAACUGAGGUGACAGACAUUACCACCAUUUACCGCAUCGAGACACUGACCAGGGCUAUAAUGGUUACAGUGGAACAGCUGUCCGGCUCAAGCUAUUGUGCGAGCAUGCUCUGGCCACUGAUGAUUGCUGGCUCGUGUAUGAUUAACUAUCGGCAUCAGAACAAGCUUGAAGAAAUGCUACGCAAUUCACGCUAUCAAAUGCGUCACACCGUCUCUGCGGCCGAGCUGUUGUGCUUGUUAUGGAAAGAAGAUAGCCAACAUGUCUAUGGGCCAUAUGGGCUGUCAGUCGUGAUGAAAAAGUAUAACAUGAACUGUUGCUUAUUUUGA